UGAGUACGUUGUGGUUGUUGACUGCAUGACGGAGUUCUUAGCCUGCAUUUGCAGACAAGCUACGCAGGCACAAGAGAUCGAAUCAGCCAUUUGUUUGUAUUAAUGGCAGGAUAUUUUUGCUGUUGGACGAUGUCCAGUAGUAGCUUCUGAGAGAAGAGCAGUCGUCUCCAGAUUGCGGAUUGGAUUACUUGAUGACUGACAGGAAUUCUCACCACACGCGACCCCCAUUGACUUGGAUCAUGUCUGGUUCGCAUUCAUAAAAUGAGCUCACAACGGUUGUUUAUUUUACAAUUGGCUAGUACUUAUAAUGCAGUCGCAUAUCAAAAUCCUCCAGGUAACCUUCAACUGAUGAGUAAUUUGAAAUUUUUAGCAAAUUGAGAGUAUUCAGAUAAAAGUAAUUACAGCAUAGCCUACGCUGCAUUCUUAACGUGGCUGAACUGAACAUUGUGUGAAAUGAUAAGUGCGAUGGAAUCACGGGCUGUGUUGUGUAAUUAUUUGUUCAUUUAAUAUAAUCGUUGAAAAUUUUGAAAGAGCUUUUUGCCAGAACGUUUGCCAGCUAUGUUUACGCACGUAUGUUUCAACCGGUUCGCUACAGGAUACAUUCGGUGUUUUAUUGUACUUCACCGCGCGAUGGCAACCUCCCACACUCGCGCGGAGCCUUCAGGAUGAAGACUCGAAUGCACGCGCUCCUUGCUCAGAUGUGGCUGAGGACUCUGCUUUCAAGGCAUGCAGACGGACCGACUCCUCCGCUGCCCGAAACUAUGACAGCUUGACUAUUUUUGUUUCUUUCCCUUUCCUCGUUUCCCUAGUUAGUUGAAGAUCUUAAUUGUAAUGUACUGAUUUAGUUCAAUCAAAUCUUUGCUUUUCUCCAAGCAAUGCGCGGGAGAGCAGACAGCGCCUUUGAAACUUGCCGAUGUUAGAAGCAUCUACUCAGUAUCCUCCAGUAACCGACCCGGAGAGCGUCAAGGUCCCCGCUCGCUCGUCAUCUGGACCGAGCAGCAAGAGAGUGGGUCGCUUUACCGAACCUAACAAGGGAACCAAGACAGAGGAUACCCUCACAUCAAGCGAGACUAUCGCAUUCACAAACAAAAGUCUUAUCCAAUAUUGAAACUUUGUGGAGUUGGAGAAAGCGCCGAGGUCUGUUGGUAAUCAUAAUAUGUAUUUUCUGUUAUAAAAAUGAACUACCGCACUUGAUUAAAAUAUUUCUACGUAUCGCGAAAACGUAAAAAUAUGAUGAGCUAUGCUGCAACAAUGAAUUUUGUCGCUGAGUGAAUUUUCAUUUUUAUUGUAUCGCUUUCCGGCAUGGCAUAUUGAAGGAGAUUACAUUACGUACCUGCGAUUUAAUUUUACAACACGGUGUUUAGCAUUUUGGGAAAACGAAGAAAAAGAAGAACAUGCUUUGGAUGUAAUGACUCGUAGAAAUAUUUGGCUCGCAUCCUACGUUCUGACAACACGUUGAGAUUCGUGCUAAAACCCGGACCGUCAACAAGCCCGGGAUUAACUGUCAAUUUCGCUUAAAAGAAGAAAGUAGAAGAAAAAGAGCUCCUGCAUAGAUUUUUGUAUCGCUGCUUCUGAUUGUCCGUCUGUGAUCUUCGAAACGGGCUGUAUGUAUAACUGGUUUGGAUAAAACGUGGUUGUUUUAAGUACGGACUCUGUCAUUGCCUUACGCGUGAAGACACAAUCUUGCGCUAACUCGCUGGAGACACCGCGGCGUGUGUGUUGCUGUACGGGACUGGCGAGCCCGCUCGUCUUCGUCUGGAUCCGCAUUCUCGCACCAGCGCUCAUAGACUGGCCGGCGAGCCACACGCUCACCAAAAAGAUACAUCAUCCGGGCACACGCAUACACACACUCUCGCAGGGACAACUCCGAGAGGACUGAGCAACAUGUAUCCAACGUGCCGGACACACGCUGUUGGUUUAGCCCGGCUAUGGGCAAUGUUAGGGGUUUCGGCAGGACUGAAGUGGCGGUCGAGUUGGAUUCUAUUGUUUUCCGUCUUCAUCCACUACACAAGGGCUCAAGACGACGUCCCCCCGUACUUUAAGACGGAGCCCGUGCGCAGCCAGCUGCACCUGGAGCGCAACCGGCUGGUGCUCACCUGCAUGGCCGAGGGCAGCUGGCCGCUGGAGUUCAAGUGGAUCCACAACGGCACCGAGCUCACCCGCUUCUCAUUGGAGUACAGGUACCUCAUCCCCUCCCUGGACCGCUCGCACGCCGGCUUCUACCGCUGCAUCGUCCGCAACCGCGUCGGCGCCCUCUUGCAGCGGAGCACGGAAGUGCAGGUGGCAUUUAUGGGAAGUUUCGAGGAGGGCGAGCGGUCCCAGUCUGUGUCCCAGGGCGAGGGGGCCGUUAUCCCCGCCCCUCGAAUUCGGAGCUUCCCCCAGCCGCAGGUCACGUGGUUCCGGGACGGCCGCAAGAUCCCGCCCAGCAGCCGAAUUGCCAUCACCCUGGACAACACCCUGGUCAUCCUGUCCACCGUGGCCCCGGACGCCGGCAGAUACUACGUGCAGGCCGUUAACGACAAGAACGGAGAAAACAAGACCAGUCAGCUCAUCACUCUGUCUGUGGACAAUGUGGGGGGCCCGGCAGAUCCCAUCGCCCCCACAAUUAUCAUCCCCCCACGGAACACCAGCGUGGUGUCUGGCACCUCAGAGGUCACCAUGGAGUGCGUGGCCAAUGCCAGGCCGCUCAUAAAGCUCAGCAUCACCUGGCGGAAGGACGGCGCGGUGGUCAGCAGCGGCCUGAGCGACUUCAGCCGCCGGCUGACCGUCGUGGGGCCGCUGGUGGGCGACUCGGGCUACUACGAGUGUGAGGCGGUGCUGAGGAGCAGCAGCGUGCCGUCCGUCAGCGCCGGCGCCUACCUGCACGUGCUCGAGCCCCCCCAGUUUGUGAAGGAACCGGAGAGGCACAUCACUGCAGAGAUGGAGAAGGUGGUGGACAUCCCCUGCCAGGCUCGAGGAGUCCCCCAGCCUGAUAUAGUGUGGUAUAAAGACGCCGCCCCCAUCAGCCCGGUGAAGACGCCCCGCUACAGGGUGCUGGUUGGGGGGAGUCUGCAGGUCAACGGACUCCUGCCCGACGACACCGGAAUGUUCCAGUGCUUCGCCCGAAACCUGGCGGGCGAGGUUCAAACCAACACCUACCUGGCCGUCACCAGCAUCGCCCCCAACAUCACGGCGGGCCCGUCCGACAGCACGGUGAUUGACGGCAUGUCCGUCAUCCUGCACUGCGAGACGUCCGGAGCCCCCCGGCCCGCCAUCACCUGGCAGAAAGGCGAGCGGAUUCUGGCCAGCGGCUCGGUCCAGCUUCCACGCUUCACCCUGCUGGAGUCCGGCAGCCUGCUCAUAAGCCCCUCCCACAUCUCCGACGCCGGCACCUACACCUGCAUGGCCAGCAACUCCCGCGGCAUCGACGAGGCCGCCGCCGACCUGGUGGUCUGGGCUCGAACCCGCAUCACCAGCCCCCCGCAGGACCAGAGCGUCAUCAAAGGGACCAAAGCCACGAUGACCUGCGGUGUGACCCACGACCCCAGCGUCACGGUCAGGUACGUGUGGGAGAAAGAGGGGACCGUCCUCAACGCCCAGGCCGUCCCCCGCGUCCGCAUGGACCCCGACGGCACACUGCACAUCUCCCAGACCUGGUCGGGGGACAUAGGAACCUACACCUGCCGGGUCACGUCUGUCGGGGGGAACGAUUCCCGCAGCGCACACCUGCGCGUCAGGCAGCUCCCGCACGCCCCAGAGAACCCCAGUGCCGUGCUGAGCUCCUCAGAGAAGAGAGCCAUUAACCUGACCUGGUCCAAGCCCUUCGACGGAAACAGUCCCCUCAUUCGCUACAUCCUGGAGGUGUCUGAGAACAAUGCCCCGUGGACAGUCCUCCUGGCGAACAUCGACCCAGAGUCCAGUGCGGUGACGGUCAGCGGACUCAUCCCGGCGCGCUCCUACCAGUUCCGGCUGUGUGCGGUCAACGACGUGGGGAAAGGGCAGUUCAGCAGGGAAACUGAGCGGCUCUCCCUGCCAGAGGAGCCCCCCAGCGCCCCCCCGCAGAACGUCAUCGCCAGCGGCCGCACCAACCAGUCCAUCAUGAUCCAGUGGCAGCCCCCCCCAGAGAGCCACCAGAACGGACUGCUGCGGGGCUACGCCGUACGGUACUGUCUGGCUGGGCUUCCCGUGGGAUACCAGUACAAGAACAUCACCAACCCCGACGUGACCAACCUCCUGCUCGAGGACCUGAUCAUCUGGACCAACUACGAGAUCGAGGUGGCCGCCUACAACGGGGCGGGGCUCGGAACCUUCAGCCACAAGGUGACCGAGUGGACCCUCCAGGGAGUGCCCACUAUUCCCCCGGGCAACGUGCAGGCAGAGGCUGUCAAUUCUACCACCAUCCGCUUCACCUGGACCGCCCCCAGCCCCCAGUUCAUCAACGGCAUCAACCAGGGCUACAAGCUGUUGGCAUGGGAACCAGGUCAGGAGGAGGAGGUUACCGUGGUGACGGUGCGGCCCAAUUUCCAGGACAGCGUGCACGUUGGCUACAUCACGGGGCUGAAGAAGUUUACGGAAUAUUUCACCUCUGUGCUGUGUUUCACCACCCCUGGGGACGGGCCGCACAGCUCCCCAAAGGGCCUGCGCACACACGAGGACACCCCUGGUGCUGUCGGCCACCUGAGCUUCACUGAGAUCCUGGACACGUCUCUGAAAGUGAGCUGGAGGGAGCCGCACGAGAAGAACGGCAUCCUCACAGGCUACCGGAUCUCCUGGGAGGAGUUCAACCGCACCAACACGCGGGUGACGCACUACCUGCCCAACGUCACGCUGGAGUACCGCGUCACUGGCCUGACCGCGCUCACCACCUACACCAUCGAGGUGGCCGGCAUGACCUCCAAAGGCCAGGGACAGCUGUCCUCCUCCACCAUCUCCUCCGGCGUCCCGCCAGAGCUGCCUGGCCCCCCCACCAACAUGGCCAUCUCCAACAUCGGCCCCCGCUCCGUCACCCUGCAGUUCAAACCCGGCUACGACGGCAAGACCUCCAUCUCACGCUGGCAGGUGGAGGCUCAGAUUGGCGUGAUUGGAGAGGCUGAAGACUGGGUUAUGGUGCAUCAGGUUCCCAACGAGCCUGACGCCCGAUCAUUGGAGGUGCCUGGUCUUAACCCCUACACCUUUUACAGGUUCCGAAUGCGGCAGGUGAACAUUGUGGGCACCAGCCCCCCUAGCCAGCCGUCCCGUAAGAUCCAGACCCUGCAGGCCCCUCCGGACAUCGCCCCCAUUAACGUGACCCUGCGCACGGCCAGCGAGACCAGCCUGUGGCUGCGAUGGGUGCCCCUGCCAGAGUGGGAGUAUAAUGGAAACCCGGAGCUGGUGGGGUACCGGGUGCAGUACGCCCGCACAGGCUCCACAGGCCGCCCGCUCACCCACACCAUCGCCGACCGGCUGGAGCGCGAGUUCACCAUCGAGGACCUGGAGGAGUGGACCGAGUACGAGGUGCGCGUGCAGGCCCUCAACGGCAUCGGGGCGGGGCCCUGGAGCCCGCCCGUCAGGGGGAGGACCCGCGAGUCCGUCCCCUCCUGCGGCCCCACCAACGUCUCAUCCUUCGCCACCACCUCCAGCAGCAUCCUGGUGCGCUGGUUCGAGGUCCCGGAGCCCGACAGGAACGGGCUGAUCCUGGGGUACAAGGUGGUGUAUAAGGAGAAGGACUCGGACUCCCCUCUCCAGUUCUGGACGGUGGAGGGCAACGCCACUCACAGCGUCCAGCUCAACGGGCUGGGGAAGUACGUCCUGUACGAGAUCCAGGUCCUGGCCUUCACCCGCAUCGGGGACGGGAUGCCCAGCGCGCCCCCCAUCCUGGAGCGCACCCUGGACGAUGUGCCCGGGCCGCCUGUGGGAAUCCUGUUCCCUGAGGUACGCACCACGUCAGUGCGGCUCAUCUGGCAAUCCCCCGCCCAGCCCAACGGCAUCAUCCUGGCCUAUCAGAUCACGUACCGGCUGAACUCCACCAAUAGCAACACGGCGACCGUGGACGUGCUGAACCCCAGCGCGCGCCAGUACACGGUGACGGGGCUGAAGCCCGAAUCCGUCUACGUGUUCCGCAUCACGGCCCAGACCCGCAAGGGCUGGGGGGAGGCGGCCGAGGCCCUGGUGGUUACCACGGAGAAGAGAGCUCGCCCCCAGCCCACCAGCCAACCCACCAUCCAGCAGGAGGACGUGCAGGCCCGCAGCGUGCUGUUGUCGUGGGAACCGGGCAGCGACGGCCUCUCGCCGGUCCGGUACUACACGGUGCAGUCGCGCGAGCUGCCCGACAGCAACUGGACCGUCCACUCGGCCUCCGUCAACCACGAGGCCUCCUCCUACGCCGUGGACAGAUUAAAGCCGUUCACCUCGUACCAGUUCAGGGUGAAGGCCACCAACGACAUCGGGGACAGCGAGUACAGCGAGGAGAGCGAGGCCAUCACCACCCUGCAGGACGCCCCCGACGGAGCUCCCACAAUCCUCUCCGUCACGCCUCACACCACCACCUCGGUGCUGAUCCGGUGGCAGCCGCCCUCGGAGGAGCGGAUUAACGGGAUCCUGCUGGGAUUUCGGGUCCGCUACCGGGAACUGCUUUACGACCGACUGCGCAGCUUCACCGUCCGCACCGUCAACAGCCCGUCCGCCACCUGGGCGGAGCUCACCUCCCCCUACAGCGUACGGAACCUGAGCGAGUCCACUCUCACCCACUAUGAGCUUGACAACCUGAGCAAGCACAAGCGCUACGAGAUCCGGCUCAGUGUGUACAACGCGGUGGGGGAGGGGCCAACCAGCGCACCGCAGGAAGUGUUCGUGGGAGAGGCGGUCCCUACUGCCCCACCCCAAAAUGUGGCCAUCCAAUCAGCAACCGCCACCCAGCUGGACGUGACGUGGGACCCCCCUCCACUGGAAACUCAAAACGGGGACAUUCAGGGGUACAAGGUGUACUUCUGGGAGUUCCAGCGGCAGAACGAGACGGAGCGGCUGCGCACACUCUUCCUGCCCGAGGGCGGGGUCAAGCUGAAGAACCUGACGGGCUACACCACCUACAUGAUCAGCGUGGCGCCCUUCAACGCCGCCGGCGACGGGCCCCGCAGCCCGCCCACCAGGGGGCGCACCCAGCAGGCCGGUGAGGACAGCGACUGCCCCCCUUCUGCCCUCAGGUGUGUUUAUCUAGAGUCCUCAGUGGCCUGUGCCGACUCCUGUCUUCACUCCUCCUCCCCCCCAGGAGUCAGUAAGAUUGUGACUGUGGACGUGAAGGGGAGCGCCCCCUUCUGGAUGAAAAUCAAGGAUCUGGCUGACGGGGUCACGUACAACUUUCGUAUCCGAGCCAAAACCUUCACCUACGGACCCCAGGUGGAGGCUAACAUCACCACCGGGCCCGGGGAAGGUCCCCCCGGCCCCCCCGGCGAGCCCUUCAUCUCCCGCUACGGCGCGGCGCUCACCAUCCACUGGGCCAACGGCGACCCCGGCCGAGCCCCCAUCACGCGCUACGUCAUCGAGGCCAGACCCUCAGAUGAAGGCCUGUGGGAUAUCUUAAUCAAGGACAUCCCAAAGGAAGUGACAUCAUACACCUUUAACAUGGACAUCCUGAAGCAAGGGGUCAGCUACGACUUCCGGGUCAUCGGCGUCAACGACUACGGCUAUGGCUCUCCCAGUCCACCGUCGCCCUCCGUAUCUGCCCAGAAGGUGGCGCCUUUCUAUGAGGAGUGGUGGUUUCUGGUGGUGGUGGCCCUGGUGGGGCUCAUCUUCAUCCUCCUGCUGGUCUUCAUCCUCAUCAUCAGAGGUCAGAGCAAGAAGUACGCCAAGAAGUCGGAGUCAGGUAACACCUCCAACUGCAACGCCCUGACCCACGGCGAGAUGGUCAGCCUGGACGAGGGCCGCUUCCCCGCCCUGGAGCUCAACAACCGCCGGCUGUCCGUCAAGAACUCCUUCUGCCGCAAGAACGGCGUCUACACCAGAUCUCCACCCCGGCCCAGCCCAGGCAGCCUGCACUACUCGGACGAGGACGUCAGCACCAAAUACAACGACCUGAUCCCUGCAGAGAGCAGCAGCCUUACUGAGAAGCCCUCUGAGAUCUCCGACUCGCAGGGCAGCGACAGUGAGUACGAGGUGGACCCCAACCGGCAGAAGACCCACUCCUUCGUCAACCACUACAUCAGCGACCCCACCUACUACAACUCCUGGCGCCGGCAGCAGAAGGGCAUCUCCCGGGCCCAGGCCUACAGCUACACCGAGUCCGACCCCGGGGAGCCCGAGCACAGCGCCCCGCCCCCGCCCCUCCCGCCGCUGCCCCCGCUGCCCCCCCAGCUCAGCUCCACCCCCCCGGCCCAGCCCCCGGCCCAGGGCAGCCUGUUCAGGCCCAAGGGCAGCCGGACUCCCACCCCGUCCCAGCAGAGCUCCAACCCCCCGAGCCAGCACAGCACCCUGUACAGGCCCCCCAGCAGCCUGGCGCCCGGCUCCCGCGCCCCCAUCGGCGGAUUCUCCUCCUUCGUUUGACGCGCAAGACUCUGAAAAAGGAAAAAUACACAUAACACCCGCCGCGUGAACCCCACCGGCCUGCAAAAGGGAAUUAUCCAGAUCCAGAAUUCACUUUUUUCGUUACAUGUUUUUGGCCAUCUUGCAUUUGUUUGUCUUUUCAGAUUUUUUUGAUUACUCUUUUUUUAUUUUUAGGAAAGUGAGGUAGACAGACAGCAUUUUUACUUUUACCGCCCCCCCCCCCCUGAGUGUGGGUGCUGCCGUGUGCAUAUUUUUGUUGUUUUUCUUUCUUUCUGAAAGACAAUCACUCAAAAAACUGACAGCAUCUAUACUUCUCUUUUUUUUCUGCUUGAACGAGUUGCAUGAUUUUUUUUCUUCUUCUUCCAUUUUUUUUUUUUUGGUCGUUCUUAUUUUUUCCCACAAAAACACAGAAAAACUUAGAAUCUGUGAGAUUCUCUUUUAAAAAGGAAACACGACAAAAUAUCUAAAAUAAAACAGUGUUACAAAAAAAAAAGUCAUUACCGCAGUUCAUAUGCGGAGCCGUGGAUGUAAGUGAAAACAGGCUCGCAGAAAUGAACUGAGCAACGAAAGGACUGACCAGGGAAGAAAGAAGAUGGGAAAAAGUGAGUGAACAGAGAAAGAGGGGAAAUGUGACAUUGGGACUGGCAGUUGUACACCUGUACGCCCCCCCUGCAUGUGAGAGGGUAGUCCAGCGGUUGGUUUGAGGAAGUUGUCAGGAGCCUGUAUGUAAAACGUGUUGUAUAUUCUCACGCUGAGCAUCAGUCUUUCCUCAGAGGAGACAUAUGACUGGAAUAACACAUGUAGAAUAUUGUCAGAGAGCAGAAAAAAAUAAAAACCUAUCAGUGUCAAAGGUCAAAGCUUAAAAAGUACUGUGUGCUAAAACUGUGAGGAGCUCCGAGAUGGCCUUGAAUGUAACGUUUUGACGAUACCUUUUUGUGAAUUUUAUAGAACGAUGAAAAAGAUUCGAAGCCCUGGUGGUGGACAUAUUACCAAUUCUGUGGUGGCUGAAAGUCACUUUACUGCUUUGGCAAUACAAGUCUAAAUAUAUCUGAAAGAUAUGGGUGUAAUUUUACCCGAAGCAAACCUUUCAUAAUAUCAAAGACAUCGUGUGAAAAGAAUAGAAAUUUUGAUCCCCGUUCAGCCAGUGAAUAGUUUACUUGCCUUUUAAACAAGGGCACCUUUGUUGUCCAUAAAGACAAAAUGCACAUGUCGUCAGGUGGUCCUCCAGCAGGAUGACAUCAUCUCUGACAGCUUUAAGCACCCAGCGGUGAUGUCAUGGGAUCCUGUCCGCAGACUUCCAAGUCACAAAGAUUAGGUUAUAUAAACAAUGACACGGUUUUAACUGCGAGGGAAAGAGUUUUUGUUUAAGCAGACGGUUUGAGCGAUGUGACAAUGUGUGGAUCAGUGUGGUUUGAGUUGGGCUCAUAGCGUGUCAUUGUUACGUGAGCUGUUGACAGGAAAUGUAAUGUCAGUAACGUUUUUUUUUUUUGUUUUUCCUCCUGUUCUAAGAAUCAUUUUGCGGAAUAUUUGUGGCACGUCUGUGAAAAUGUGGGUGUUCUCAGAAAAAUCGACACGAAGAGCUUCGAGGGGAGCUUAGCGGAGUCCCGCAAGACGGCCGCUUUGCAUUGUGGGAAUCACAUAAACAGUGAAGACUGCUCCCAAGGAUCACAGCUGUGUCCUGUUCAAUCAGAUGCCCGGAUCUGACACAGUCAAGGCUCUGAUAGGUCACAGACAUGUAUUUUAAAAAUAUAUAUAUAUGAAAACUACUCUAGUUCUUUUCUCUGUGAGGUGAAAUCAAUGUACAACAUCUAUCAUUAGAUCUGAGUCGAUCUGAUUGUAGUACAUUUCUGAGUACAUUUUAAUUGAACUCAGUGGUACUGAAUGCCAGGCAUAUGGAUACAAGGUUAAGGGGGAGGGGGAGCACAGGGGUGUGUUUAUGUUAGUGUGUUGGGUUCAUUUGAAAAGUGGCCUUGGAAUCACAUUACUGUAGCCAUGGAAACACACAUAUGAAAUGGCUUUUACAGUAGGAGGUGGAGUUGGUCCGGACAUGCAGAGCCACUGGCACUGGGACACCCCGUGGGGGCCGGGGGACCGGGGGGAGGGGUGGGCCGGGGUGGGUGGGGGUGGGUUUGAGUGUGGAGGGGAGUGGGGCAGGGCGUAUCGCAUGCUUGCAGUUCCAAUCUGAUUUGUUUUUUCAUAUCCCAAAGAGGCAGGGAUUUUUUUUUUUUUUAUCUUGCCGGCUGGGCGGUUCUGAAGCGGUUCUGUUGUGGUCAGACUGCGGUUUCUAAAAAGUUUAGUGUGGCCUCCCUGUGGUGUUACCUGGGAGGGGUUCCAGCUGCUGGUCUCUCUACGCUCAGUUCAGUUUUGCACGUGGAUGCAUAGCUGUUCCAAACUCAAACAUAGGAUUUGUGACUGAUCAACGGGAAGACCUUUCAGGAGUACUGUGUGUGUGUGUGUCUGACCCAUUAGGUGAUGAAAUCCCUGGCUGUCCCUUUCCCCCCCUCCAGUGGGUUAACGAUCACAGAUAAAGCGGAUCAGCGGUGCUGUGAAAGCCUGUUAGUCAGGGGCAGCUGUCCCCCAGUGACCCGGCAUGGUCCAGUACCCCCCCGGCCACCCCCCCAGCCAAGGAGGAGCCACGUGGAGGUCGGAGCACCACGACGUCCCCUCAGUCUUAUUUGCAGUCCCUGUCCAUGCUUGCUGGCUUGGAAAAGCUUUGCCUUUCCCCACGACUGUGCGGGGAGAGAGAGAAAGAGGCAGAACUCAGACACCUCUCCUCUUCCUCUCCUUUCUUCCCAUCGGGCAUCUUUCCCUCUCCUCCCCUUUCCUCCAGUCAGUCCACCCCUCCCUUUUUCCAGCAUUCCCAGCCAAACAUGAGCAGGGAAGGGAAAUGAGGAGAGACAGGCUGCAUAAAGGAAGAGAACGACAAAUUGCAAACCUCUCCCUUUCUCUCUUGCUUGCUCUCCCACUUUCAGUCUCUUGCUCUCUCUCUCUCUCUAUCCAUCUAUUUCUGUGCCCUGCCUUGCUUUCUCCUUCUUGGACAAUUUGCUAGUUUUUCCAAAAAAACAUUUUUUUUUUACUGAUGCACUGCCAGUCAGUAACAGCAUUAAGCAGUUAAAUAUUCCCAAUGACAAGGCCAGGGUGCUUAUGGGACAGUCUGUCCCAUCCUCCCCCUGACACACCAGGUGGGCUUUCACUCAGCUGAGGGGCAGUGUCAGUAAUGUUCACAAGCUCCUCCCACCAAGGGCAGAGCAGUGGUCCAUACCCCCGUGGGGCGGGGCGGGGCGGGGCAGAGGUAAUCCGCUAAUUCUAGGCCAGGAAACUGUCACUGAGGUUGGAAGAAAGGACUGGAGAUAUGUCCCAGGAGAGGGAUCCCAAGAGGAGAGGAGAAGAGAGACUCAACCCGACAGUAGAACAGGAGUGGAAGGGGUUUCCUCCCGAGCAACGCAGAGGCGUCAUGUGACCACUGUCAACGCAGUGCGCCGUCUUAUUUAUGCUGAACAGCCCCGACGGGCGACUGAAGUUUAAAUCAGCCAUGAAACUGUAAAUAACUGACAAGCCCCCAGCCCCCAUCCCCCUCAGCAGGGGUACAAAGUACUGGGCGCACAGCCAAAAGGGAGGACAACUUUCAGAAAUAUUAAUGUUUAAUGCACAUAUGUACCGUAUGUACAGAGAGUGAGAGCGUGUGUGUGAGAGAGAGAGAGCACUUACGGAGAUUAUAUCAUAUUAUAAGCAGCUGAUGUUAGAGCCAGAGUGAGCGGUGACUUGUGGCAGGUAUAUGUGCGUGAGGCUGACCCCGUGUGCCUAUGGAAGCACAGCUGAGAAUGAGAGCAGAACUGAGUCGUUGUCGGGACCCCCUGUUCCCCGUGGAAACAGUGAGGCGAGGGGGGGUGGACCCCUGGUAAAAAGAGUGUAGCAUCUCUGGUCUCUGGGGUAUUUUGAGAGAUAGCACAGCACACAACACAGUUAGCACACUUUCUGCAGAUGUGGCGUUUCAGGUUUUACGUGUAGUCCUGUGAGAUUUGUCCGGCCUUGCCCUUGCACACUGUUCAGCACCAGUAGGAACUAGGCACUGGGUUCUUUCCACUCCAGCAUCUGUACUUCUCUGACCAGUAAUUGCAUUAUUUACAAUUUACAUGUAUUUGACCCCCCCUGGAGUCAUGUGGUCCGCACGUGCAUCGAUCUGUUUAAUGUCUAGUUUCAUAAAACACACACGUGCACAUGCGCACACACGCACACACACACACACACACACAGACACAGCACAAUGCAUGUUUCAUACCUUGAAAGAGACCGUGUUAUUUCUGUUGAGGCGAACAAGAAAUAAUUAGUCAUUGAGAGGCCCGGGGUGCUUGUCCCAUCAAAAGCUCCUUGGUGAGGCUCCCACACGUUUGAGUCCUGAGCUCUCUGGGAGCCCGAGGGCAAAGCCUCGUUCAGCGCUUACGUUUCCACGGCUUCGUCAGAACAGAGGCAGGUUCUGGAGUCCAUUCGCUGCCACAUCACGAACCCUUCUGUGCGUCUGCGGACCACACGCGCGCGCAUGAAAUUAACUCGGAGUUCGCGCAUAAUGAUUCACUUGGUCCGCGUGCGGAAGAAAGCUCUGCGGUUUAACUGGCUGACGGGGAUCAGCUGCAGCGACCGGCGGGGAUUUCCUUAAUUUCUGCCACCGCGUCUACUCCGGUCCCCCUGCACCACGCUGUGGGCUUAGCUUUUCUGCCUGUCGCAAAUCAUUUCGAAAGCUGGCGGCCGGGUUUCCGAACGAUUUUUAUUCCGCGUGCUCCGGCAGCAAAUUCCCGAUUUCUCUGCAGUCAAUCAAUUCGAAAAUCAACGAGACCCCAGGCUACAGGUUUGAGUGCAAGGGGAAAUUUGUCAACCUCCAAGGACAGCUUUGUGCACGGUGUGUAGUUUAGCUGUCUCAACUGUGAAAUUGUUCACCAUGCCGCGGUCUUCUGAAGCAAGUAGACUAGAUGUAAUAAUUCAAAACCAUUGUCAUGUGCAUACUGUAAGGGGUAAACCGUUGUUGGAUGAGUGGGGAUGUUAUUACUGAUGGAUUGGAUGGGACACCUGGAAACAAAAUGCAAAGCAACUGUGGGUUAGUGUUGCCAGAGUUAAAUUACGUUUGUUUUGGGACUUUUUGGUUAUGUGUUUGCUUUUGUUUUUAUUUUUUUGCUGUGAAUCAUAGCUGUUUGGAUCUGUUUAUCUGUCUUGAGCAUCUUUCAAUGCCAAAUAUAGGUGGGUAAGUUUGGGAUUUUUUGAUGUAGGUAAUUAAAUUUGCAUCUUAGGUGUGUGUGCCUGUUCUGGCUGCAAGAGAGAGGUGGCGAUAUGUUUUGACUAGAGGUAGCUUUUUCUUUCACUUCUAACUUUUAUCUUUGUUCGAUUUGGGGCUGGUCAGGCCCUGUCAUGUUUGUGUCUGUGUCACUCCAGCAUCACACUCUACUCUCCCCACACUCUACACAGAGGACAAAUCCCCACCACACAACACACACACACACACACACACACACAAGAAGUCUGUUUGACCUGUUGAACUCGUAUACAAGUUAUUUCUACGUACAGUGUGCUUAAGUGUAAAUCCAAAGCUGAUUUAAAAAGAUAUACAAACAACCCCACAAGUAAAAAAAAAAAAAAAAAAAUUAUUCAGAAAUAUGAGAAAGAAAAUGAAUAUUUAUUUUUAUGAACAAAUGAUAAAAGUAUGAACAUUUUGAAAUAUGAUCUAGCUGAUAGGCCACAUUGCUCUUGCUGUGAUGACCUCAUUGAAUGGCCAAAAGGGCAGGGCUGCAUGGAAAAGUCCAGCCCUAGCAGAGAAACUUGCUGAACACAGCAUUACCCACAAAGCAUUGUGUUUCGCUGUAUUUUCUUUUAUUCUCAACUCUGUUUUUUUUUUUUUUUUUUGUGAAAUGUGAAAGGUCAGGUCUGCUGGAUUUGAUAACAGGUAAUACUUAAGUCUGAACUGCUUCAUGGAUGUAUUAAAAAAAAACAUUCUUCAUUUCAGUCUAUGAAAUCGUAACCUUUUCCAAGAAUUAGCUGUGGAUUUUACUUCAUUUCUUCUGAAGAUAUUUUUUUAAUUUUUUUAUUUUGUGUUCUCAUUUUGUGGGGUAUAAACAGCCAUUGCAAUUGGUUACUAGCUACCAGUGCUGGAUGAGGGGGGUCUCCCAAACUGACAAUGUGUCACCCCCCCCUCCAGAACAUAUUGUAAUAUAUUGAGUGUUUAGUGCCAAGGAUGUAUUCUGUGUGAUCAAAUAUAUUCUUUAUUAGACUACAAAAAAAAAUUCACUUGAAGGUGCUCUGGAGAUUUCCAUGACUUUGUGGCUCUGGGCAAAAUUUCAGGUAGAAGUAAGAAUUUGAGGUGACAUGAUUAAAAAAAAACAACAUUAUUUUCUAAAUAAAAAAAAAUUAAACUG